GCGCCGCGGCCAUGGCGGUGCCGGUGCCGGUGGCGGAGCUGCGCCGGCUGUGCCGGCAGGCCUGGGAGCCGCUGCUCGCCAGGGCGAGUGGCGCCGUCGUCUUCCUGGACGCGGCAUGCACCGAGGCGCUGCACUGGGGCGGCGGCGGGGCGGGCGAGCUGCUGGCGGCAGGGGCGGUGGCGGUCAGGGCUUUGCCCGCUGAGGCGGGGGCGGCGGCGGGGUCGGCCCGCGUCGUCUGCGCGGUGAGCGGGCCCCUGCGGGGCGGUACGGCCGCCGCCGUGCGCGGCGUGUUGGAUCAGGCUGCCGUGCGGCACUGCGUCCUGGUGUGCAGCGGCGAGGGGGAGGACGGCGGGCAGGCCGAGAUGGAGGAGACCCUGCGGCGGUGGAUGGGCGAAGGUGGCCGCGCCGAGGUGGUGCUGCGGGGCCCGCCGCUCCUGGCACCCAUCUCGGCGGAGCUCUGCUUGCUGCCUGGCCUGGCGACGUUCCUUCCGCCUCUCCCCGGCUCCGGCGGGCCCGGCCCCGUGGAGGCCGGGCUGGGUGCCCUGUCCGCCGGUUUGCGGGCGGCGGUGCGGGCUCUGGUGGGCGACCUCGACGCUCUGUUCGCCGCUCUGGGGCUGCGGGAGGAAUGCUUCGCCGUGGGCACUCUCAGUAGGGUCGUGGCCGCUGAGCUGGCCAGCUACGCCCCGGCCAGGAACAGGAGGAGGAUGGGCACCAGUAAAGCCUCAGUCGUUUUCGUGGACAGGACGCUGGACCUCGCUGGAGCAGUUGGCCAUCACGGUGACAAUCUUGCAGAGAAGAUACUUUCUGUGCUUCCCAAGCUCCCUGGCCACAAGACUGAUGUGAUGGUGAACAUGGUGGAACUCACAGCACUGCAGGCUACAGCUGAAACUUGCAGCAUCCUAGCACCUGGCUGCUUAGCACAACCCAAUGAUCCAGCUGCCAAGGCCCUGUGGGAGUCCUUCAUGAACCUGAAGCAGAAGGAAGCUGUGAUGGAGGCCAGGAGACACCUUGUGGAGGCUGCGAGCAGAGAGCAUUUGCCUAUUAAAAUGAGCAUGGGCAGAGUCACCCCAGAACAGCUCAGCUCCUACAUUCUGCUCUUCAGGAACAAUCUCAAGGCUUUGGAGAACCAUUGUGGUCUUCUACAGCUUGUGCUGGCUGCAGUCCAGACCUUGAAACACCCCCAGACUGCCCAAUGGGACAACUUCCUUGCCUUUGAGAGGUUGCUUCUGCAGAGCCUUGGCGAGUCAGCACUGCCCAGUGUCUUACACCAGUUGCUGCCAAUGAUCAAGUCUAGCAAUGAGAGGAGAAAGGAUGAUUACGCCUGUGAGGACUUCCUUGUCUUGCUGACAUACAUGUAUUCUGUGGUUGGAGACAUCAGCAGUGGAAAAGAGCUGGAUGCAGCUGAAGAAGAGGUGAAAAAAGCCCUAGCUAAGGCCAUUUGUGACGAGCCGGAGCUGUCUCCUUUGCUGCAGAACAUAACAGGCUGUGGUUCCUCCCAGAGCCUGGCACCUCAGGAAGCCCUGGCUGCAGUGGACGAUGCCUUUCGCUCCCUGAGGGACGUCGCCAGAGCCCGAACGCACCUGAAGCAGUUCAGCUCCAUCCACGACCCAGGCAGCAACACCUACCAGGCUUCCUACAAACCCCUCCUGAAACAGGUAGUGGAAGAGAUCUGCAGUGCUGAGAGAGCUGACCCUGUUGAUAUUGAGCACCUGUCAGCAGGCCUCACUGAUCUGCUUAAGACUGGAUUCAGCAUGUUCAUGAAGGUGAAUCGUCCUCACCCUGGUGAUCAUCCCCUUCUGAUCAUCUUUGUGCUUGGUGGAGUGACAGUCUCUGAGGUCAGAAUGGUGAAGGAUCUGGUGGCAGCACGCAAACCUGGCACCCAGGUGCUGCUGCUCUCCUCUGCACUCCUGACACCACGCAGGGUUGUUGAGCUGCUCUUUGCCGCGGAUGGUCCCCAGCCUGACGCUCAGAUCUGAUGGGGAAGAGGAGUGAGUGAGUGAGUGAGUGCCUCAGCUGCAAACCUCACAUCCCUGAUCUGUCACCUCCCAACGGCCAUGGCCUGGCCCCUGCUGCACCUGUGGCUCCAGCUGAAACAGGGUGAAGCACCUGGGUUUGUGGCUGCGAGGGAACAUGCACAGCUGCCAGGCAGCUCUUUAGGCUGCAAGGGACCAUGCACAGCUGCCAGGCAGCUCUUUAGGCUGCAAGGGAACGUGCACAGCUCCCAGGCAGCUCUUUAGGCUGCAAGGGAACGUGCACA